AAUUCCAAGAUGGCGCUCGAAGUUGCUUCUCUGAACUUUGUCGACAUGCAAAAGGACUUAGAAGAGCAGGAGCUGAAGGCUCCGGGUGGAGUUGGAUCCCCUAUAUUAUACAGUCAACUUCUCGCCUUGUAUCUCCUUCAUAAUGAAAUGUGCCAGGCAAAGUUUCUUUGGAAGAGAAUUCCACCAUCUGUGAAAAGUGGAACCCCUGAGCUGACUAUGAUCUGGACAGCAGGUCAGAAAAUGUGGCAGAGAGACUAUACAGGGAGUUACGAGGCUUUGAAAAAGGAAUACUCUCCAGAGGUCAAGCCCAUCAUGGAGGCAGCCCUUGACGCCUACCGGAGAAGAGCAUUUCACCUAGUGUCACAAGCUUACUCCUCAAUCAAUGGGGAUGAGUUGGCCACAUUUCUGGGCAUGUCUACAGCAGAUGCUGUACAAGCUGCACGAGCUGAAGGAUGGAACGCUGAUGCCCAAACUCGCUUUAUCACACCAAAGAAACCAGCAGGAGUACAAGCAGAUCCAGAAUUCAAGAGUGACCAGCAACUGUCUGUUCUGACGGACUAUGUGUCCUUUUUAGAGAGUUGAUUGAGGUAGAAGACAACACGAAGAAGAUACCUUGUCACUUUAUCAACAACAGAAUAUCAUAGGAAUUUCUCAUGAUGAUUUACUCAACCAUAGAUAAGGAAGUGUCUGGUUUCAGAGGUUUUUAAAAAAAAAUUCCUGAAUCUCUAACAGGACACCAAGAUCUUGGUCAUAUCAUUAAGAACAGUCUGUGGGAUUUUUCUUCCACAAGUAAUGGUUUUGCAUUUACAUGAACAAAUAUACAUGUACUAUGUAACUCAAAGUUCAUAAUGUCUUCAAGAUCAUUAUGAAGGUAAUGUUAUUUUCAAGACACGUUUGCUCUUGUAUUGGUCAAUAUUUUUUGUAUUGCAAAGAAAUGUAAAAAUGAAACUGCAAUUAAAAGUUUUGUCAAUAUGUACCAAUGGGAAAAUGUAGGGAUUUAAUGGCCAAACUUUCUGUAAGUUGUUGUACUAUCCACUUCAGCCCCUGUGAAGAAGUACUAACAUUUAUGUAGUGCUGAUAGUGAUGAGCUUUCUGUGAUUUGCUAAUGGAAUCAAUGAAAUUAUAUAUUGAUGGACUAGUAAGAAAGAUUGGUGCAACUGUAUGAAUGUAAGCAUGUACUAAAUAAAGUUCCUUUUUUA